AUGAGCGACUCGUGUGAGCCGCCCCGAAGCCGGGUGCGGCUGGAGCCGAACAUACCGCCGGGCUUCAGCAGCCUCCCCGCGGUGCAGGAAAUGAUUGACGCCAACAACCGCCAAACGAGGCCGAAGCUUCGGCUGAAGCAGCUUGAUUUUAUUAACGACGUCUUCACGCGACUUGGGGAGCGCGCGGUCAACGACGCCGCCGUGGUCGCUGUUCUCUCCAGUUUCCUCCAGGAGUGUGUGGAACGGCACGGCACUCUCCCGCGUAGCUCGGCGUUGGCCAAGGUUCUCUACCAAUGGACAGAGAAGGGGCUGGUGGCGGAGGGACAACGGUUGCUAAAGCAAGUCCUCUUGGCAGACUCAUCGCUGCGCAGGAAUGUCAUUGAUGAGAAGGUCGCCACAGUCUCGCUUCGUCUGCUUGGUCGUUCUGCAAGCGUGGACGUGGAUCUCAUGAAUAGCAUCCUGUCAAUGCUACCAGAAGGGGCUCACAAGAGACGCCUGUUCUUUCCUUUACUUGAACAUGCUGCACGAACUGGGGACACCGCACUCGCCUUCAACACGUUGCGGAUGGGGGAAAGCAAAAGGAUUGAGUUCUGGGAUGUGGACUACAGCCAGUUGCUUCGCAGCAUUCAAAACGCUGCGACGGAGAGCAGCAGUACUGCAGCGUUGCUGGAUGAGCUGCUGGAGUCCAUGGUGGAACAUCACCCUGUUGUGGGUAAAAGCAACGGGGAGGCGCUGCAGCAUCUGAUGGCGGGCGAGAUGGCAGACGUCGAUGAUAAAACCGGGGAAUGCAGUCGGUGUGGGACAAAACUAAAAACAUUUGAUUUCUCUCCAGCGGACCGCGCCACGUUGCUAAAUGACAUUGAAACAAAACUGAUAGCUCCACGGGUGGGGGGUGAAAAUCACUAUGAGCCGGAGAGAGUUGUGACGCCGAUAGAAAAGGAGCGGCGGUGGCGCGAAUUUGAGGUGUUUAAGCAGACACUUACAAGCUGCGAUUACGAUGCCGUCAUUGACGGCGCCAAUGUGGGGUAUUAUGGCCUUAGCAGUUGGUAUCGAGAGGCCAAGGAAGCGUGUUUGCGGGCUCGUGGCGUGGAUCCGACGACCGUGCCGGAGCAUCAACUUUGUGAGGUGCCGUUGCCUGUCGAUGUCCCACCGAAGUUUUCCCUCAUUAAUGAAAUGCUGACGCAGACGCGACGCAUUGGGAAAAAACCGUUGGUGAUGCUGCAUAAACGUCACGUGGAGUCUCCCUCCAAGGAAAAUGCGGAGUGGCUGCUAAAGUGGAAAAACGACUCCUCUCUGAUUGCCUGUCCGGCAUUCAUUAAUGACGACUAUUGUUGGCUGUACGCGGCGAUCCGUAAGCCGGAUUGUCUUUUUAUCUCGAAUGACCAGAUGCGCGACCACCACUUUAUGUUGCUUAGUCGUCGAUCAUUCCUGCGUUGGCGACAGCGGCAUCGUGUGACGUACAGGGUCUUGUUUCAGCGGGCGACGGGUAGUACGGCGUUAUUGCUUGCACUGCCUCGACCCUUUUCCGUGUGGGUGCAGCGAGGACUGCUCUCACGGACGCACUGGCAUGUGCCUGUUCUCUUGUCAGCCGACAUCAUUGAUCAAGCAACGAACAAAGCCUCUGGGAAGGACGUGGAGGUGGGUAAGGAUGGUGAUGAUUCGUGCGAUGUGUGGCUUUGCACAGCCGCGAAGCAUCUCCUUAAUCGAAGCGAUUAG